GGACUGGACGGCGGUCGGUGGAGCAGGAGCAGGAGCAGGAGCAGCAGGAUCAGGAGGAGAAGGGGAGACAGAGACACAGAGUAGACAGGACCGCAGUUGCAGAAUUCCAGCAUCUGCAGUUUCUUGUGUCUUAACAUUUGAUCUAGCAUUUUAAUGAAGUGAAAUGGAAGAAAAGCCCAAUUUUCCUAAAAGGAACAAGGAACUGGUAAUUGGCAAAGACGAAGCUAAUUGGAGGGGUACUGUGCACCAAGAAAAUCACUUUACACCUGGAAGCCACUCGAAAAUUUUUAACAAAAGAACAGAAACCCAGAAGCAAAGGGAAGUACAAGAGAACAAUGGUCCUAGUGCAAGGAAGUGUGCUCAAGUUAUCGUGGGCAAUCCAAACACAGCCACAAGAGUUGCUCACAGUCCUGGGACUCGUUCCAAAGAUGGACGCAGAGAAAAGAGUAAAAAGCGGGUAUCUGGUCUGGAACAAGGUUCUGUAGCUCAGAACAAAGAGAGGAAGUGGAAGGAGAAUGCUUCUGAGUUGAGAUAUAAAUCUCUGCCAAAAGACAAUGACUAUAGUAAAACUGAAUGGAACAGGUCUCAAAGUAAUGGUGAUAAAGUCAGGAAUGCUCGAAGGCAACUACAUAAGGAAUAUGUAAACAAUGAAUUAUUUGGAAAACAAGCAGAAGGACAAAAGAAAUCAAAGAGAACAAAAACAAAUGAACAAGUGCAAGACUUUACAAUAGUUACAGAUGAAUCCAAAUUAACAAAAGAAGAUCAACUAGAUCUGGCUGAAGAAAGGCUCAAAGAAGAUUCUAUCUUCAGACUCAAGAAGCGUGCACGAAAUUGUCCAUCUGCAAAGUACACAUGUAAACUUUGUGAUGUGUUGAUCGAAUCAGAGUCAUCUGCCUACAAACACAUUAAGGAGAAAAGACACAAGAAGUGCCUAAAGGACAUACAAGAAGAGGGAAUGCUUGCAAUGCUUCCAGCGCCAAGUCCAUCACAAGUCAGAGCAAUUGAUGCUGCCAUUUACAAGAUUGUUGAGGAGGACGGCCUAACUGAGGCUGACGUGAGAAAAAGACAUGAGAUUACCAGAACAAUGGAAAAUGUUCUGCAGCAUUUAUUGCCAGACUGCUCACUUAGACUCUAUGGAUCCUCUUGUACAGGAUUUGGCUUUAGAGAUUCUGACCUUAACAUUGAUAUUCAAUUUCCAGUUUAUAUGAAUCAACCAGAUGUGCUAUUGCUAGUUCAGGAAAGCCUCAAGAAUAGCAUUUCUUUCAUUGAUGUUGAGGCAGAGUUCCAUGCCAGAGUACCUGUCAUACUAUGCAGAGCCAAGCAAAGCGGCCUUUUAUGUAAAAUAAGUGCAGGCAAUGAAAAUGCAUGGCUCACAACUUGUCACUUAGCUGCCUUGGCAAAGUUUGAACCUUCUCUUACUCCGUUGGUUAUUGCCCUUAGAUCUUGGGGAAAGCUUUGUCGCAUUGAUAGCCCAGAGGAAGGAGGGUUGCCACCCUAUGCUUUUGCUAUAAUGGUCAUAUUCUUUCUUCAACAAAGGAGCGAAUGUGUGCUACCUGUGUAUCUUGGAUUAUGGAUUGAAGAAUAUUUGGUAGACAACUUGGCCAACUUCAGUCUUAAAGGGGUAGAAAACAAUGAGGUCAUUUGGGAAUACAAACCAAAUGAGGAAGACUUUUCAAUUGGAGGAAAGGUUCCACUCGUCUUUGAUAAAAAUCAACAAAGUACUGUGCCUGUGGGACAGCUGUGGGUCGAACUACUUCGAUUUUAUGCAAUUGAAUUUUCAGUGACAUAUUUCGUUAUUAACAUACGAACCAGAGAGCCACUAUCUCGGGAAGCUAAAGAAUGGCCCAAAAGGAGAAUUGCUGUGGAAGAUCCGUACUCUGUGAAGAGAAAUGUUGCACGAACGUUAAGUAGUCAAAUUGUUUUUGACUAUCUCGUUCACUGUUUACGAGCAACAUAUAAGUACUUUGCGUUGCCCAGAUACAAGCCAGCAAAGUUAAACAAAAGAAGCAAUGAAAAAACUGAUUCUAAAGCAGCAUCUAUGGUUGAAGCAGGUCAGCAGGAAUUUGUUGACCUUUGUACGUCAAGGGCACUGCUACCAGAGACAACGUCUACCAGUUCAGCGGAAAUUCCUGAUGGAGAAUGGCAACAGAUCCACAAUGCUCCUGCUGCAUGUAAUGAUGGUGAAAAACUAUCUUCUGAAAACCCCUACAGAAACUUGGAAAAGUUACAAGAAUGUGGGAGUAAAAGUUACAAAGAGGAAGAGUUGAUAACUGAUUUGCAAAAGUGCAGAAUUACUGGAGAUGACUUGCCCGAGGAUGAUGAAAAUCAAUCAGAAAGUGAAGAUAAAAAUGAUAAUGAACUUCUGGAAAGUGGCAAUGAUGAAGAACUGUUUAAUAUGUCUGGGCAGAAGAAAAACAUUUCAACAAUUGCCAGCAAGAUGUUUAAUGAAAGCAAAUGUAUACAAUCAAUAGAAGCAGAUAAUGAGACCUCCAGUGAUGAUGAAAUGAACUCUUGUGUGAACCGCGUGAAUUGUUACAGAGAUCGCUUUAAUUCAGAAAAUCUUUCAGACUCUGAGAAUUUUCUGAAUCCUCAUAAUAUCGAGAGUGAUGAUGUUGAUAUUGAUGAUUCUAAUCAACUGCAAAUGAAAAAUGAUGAAAUCGCGUUAAAUGAAAUUAGAGAAAGUUCUGACAGUAUGGAUGAACUGCACAAUUUCUCUAAAAAGACAACAGAGCACCAGAAAAGGCCACUAAACAGAAAUGAAGACUAUGAGGAAGAAGAUGACGAUGAUGAUGAUGAUGACAUUGAUGAUGAUGAUGAUGAUGAUGACUUGGAUCUGACUAUCACAACUCGAGUUCAUCUUGACAGUCUUACAGCUGAAGAGGAAUUUGAGAAUAUUUCCACAGAGUCUAGUCAGGAGGAUAACCCGUCUGAUGAAGAUGGAAUAAUUGAUGAUGAAUUGCUAAACUGGAAAGAACGUACACUGGAAAGCCUAAGUGAUGUGACUUCUCAGACGAUCACACAUACUCCAAGCAAGAAAGAAAAACAAGUUCAAAAUGAAAUAAAUAAGGAAGUUACUGUUGGAGAAACUAACCCUACUUUACUUGGAUGUGAAUCACAAUCGAGUGAUGACAACCUGUAUUAUGUGUUCAGUAAAGCGGCUUUUACAAAGGGCAAGGCUUCCAUAAUUGUAUGCAGUUUAUGCAAGCGAGAAGGCCACUUAAAACAUGAUUGUCCCGAGGACUUCAAAAAAGUUGAUCUUGAGCCAUUGCCACAAAUGACACCAAAAUUCCUGGAAGAACUUGACAGAGUCUGUAUUCAAUGUUAUUCUGACUUUUCCCCUGAUCGUUUGGAAAUUCAGGCACGUGAGCAUAUUCUAGUGAACCUGCAGGCAUUCAUCAGAAGAGAACUGGAUGCUAAAGUAAAGCUCUGCUUGUUUGGCUCUUCGAAGAAUGGGUUUGGUUUUAGGCAAAGUGAUCUUGACAUUUGUAUGACAUUUGAAGACCGAGAAACAGUAGAGGGAUUAAAUUGUAUCAAGAUUAUUGAGGAUUUGGCAAGAGUGUUGAGAAAGAAUCCAGGUUUAAAAAACAUUCUGCCCAUCACAACUGCAAAAGUUCCCAUUGUUAAAUUUUUCCAUGUAAGAAGUGGCCUUGAGGGAGACAUUAGUUUGUAUAACACUCUGGCUUUACAUAACACUGGACUGUUAGCUUGCUAUGCAGCAAUUGAUCCAAGGGUGAAAUAUAUUGGCUAUACGAUGAAGGUUUUCGCCAAGGUGUGCGAUAUCGGUGACGCAUCCAGAGGCAGCCUUUCAUCAUAUGCAUAUACUUUAAUGGCAAUUUACUUCCUACAGCAAAGGAAGCCACCAGUAAUUCCCGUCCUUCAAGAGAUGCAUCAAGGGACAAAAAGGCCAGAAAACUUGAUCGAUGGUUGGAAUGUGUAUUAUUUUGAUAAACUGGAUGAACUGAAAAAUAAAUGGCCUGACUAUGGAAAGAAUAAAGAGUCCCUUGGAGAGUUAUGGCUGGGGCUUCUCAGGUUCUACACAGAGGAGUUUGACUUCAAAGAACAUGUGAUUAGCAUCAGGCGAAAGGCUCUACUCACAACCUUUAAGAAGCAAUGGACAUCUAAAUAUAUUGUUAUUGAAGAUCCAUUUGACCUCAACCAUAACCUUGGAGCUGGGCUGUCCCGAAAGAUGACAAAUUUUAUCAUGAAAGCUUUCAUCAAUGGGAGAAAGGUUUUUGGAACACCGAUUAAAUGCAUCCCAGUGCAAUAUCCCACAAUUAUGGAGUAUUUCUUUGAUCCAGAAAUUCUGACUGAGGGCAAGGGAGCUCCAAAUGACAGAUGCUGUAGAAUUUGUGGUAAAAUCGGACAUUUUAUGAAAGAUUGUCCAAUGCGGAGAGGCAACAAAGCAAGGCAGCGGCAUAAUAUCGAUGAUUUUCAAACUCAAUAUGAAAAAUGCAUGGAAAAGGGAAGAAGGAUUAUUGAGAUAGAUUCUUCAAAAAAAGAAGUGCCGAAGCCACAACGGCAAGGUUUAAAAGAUGCUCCAGUACUAGAAGGAGAGUCAUAUCCAGAGGUUCGAACACCGAGGAAGUCAAAGGACGAUAGAGCAGCAAAUGAAAUGCUCAGGGACAGAACUCCCAGGCAGUAUCCAGAACAAAGGAAGAAGCAAGACGAGAGAGAUAAACGUUGCUUUAUCUGCGGGAAGGAAGGCCACAUCAAAAAAGAAUGUCCUCGAUACAAAGGAGAAAAAAGUGCUGAAAUUGCUGCAUGGGCAUCCUCCUCAACAUUCAACAUUGGGAAUGAGAACACCAAAGGAAAUGUGAAGAAGAAAAGACAGCGGGGAAAUUCCCAAUCAGGUGUCGGUAGUAAAGUCUCAGCAAAUUCAACUCAGGGAAGAUCUCCACAGAAAAAGAUGCAAUCAGAAGGAAUCUGAAAGGAUGCUGAAAAAAAUGAUUAAUUGUAUUUCAGUUUGAUAAUAAACUGUCACCUUUGUGCAAAUCCUCCUCAAUUCUCCCUCAGUUAAGGCAGCCUAGUAAAUGUUUUAUGCUUGUUCUUGAAAGAAUAGUAUGAUUUUAUGUUCCAUGAAAUGUUGUCUCACAGGGGUCCCUGAUCUUACUGAGUUUAAAUGAUUUUAAUUAGAACGUGUUCCGUGUUUAAAAUACUUUGUUGUGAUAUUAAGCAUAAAUUUUGUGUAUUUUAAUUUUUGAUUGACCUAAUGCCUUGUGUAAAUCAACUUUACUAAUCAUUGUUCAAAUGAAAUAGAUAAGGUGGCACCUUAACUGUAAAAUUAUUUAGGCGCAAUUAAUGUAAUAGCAUAGUUCAGGUAAAUAUGCAUUUUAUUCCAUGGAAAACAUUAAAUUUUCAACAUUUUAUUUUGUUUUUCUUUUGGUGUGCCAUAUUUGCAUAUCUAAGUAAGGGGGAAGGAGGGAGAGUUUAUACAAAAAGUCAUUUUGGUACAUUUAUAAAAACACAAAUAUCACAACUCAAUCGUUCUUUAAUUGCAAUGGAUUUGCAAAACAGAAUAAGUGCUUCAUUGAUAUUGUUAAUAAACAAUCUUGCUCAUUUAGCAGGACCAAAUUGAUAGAUUCCCAUUUAUUCAGCUUGAAAUUAGAGCCAAAAAUAAACAAUUUGAAUUAUUGUAUCAGUGAUAUUUUUGUGUUGUUGGAUUGGGGGGAGAGGGGCGGGGAAUAUUGUCUGAAGAAAGCUACACAGUGACAUGUUUUGUGUAAUCCACUGAAGUAGUAUAUCAGAAAAAAAGGAAUCUUGAAUGCUUGAAACUGUUUGAUUGUGAUAUUUGUGAUUUGUUGCUUUUGAAUAGAUAUGUUUUUGAGGAUUUGCUGCUUUAAUUACCGAGAUGUUUUAAACAAUGAUGGUUGUAUAAAGAAAAUGUGGACAAGUACCUUGUAUUUGUACAUAUGUGGUAAAUGUACAUUCAAAAUCUCAACUGCUGUGCGUAAAGUCUUGUGAGAAAAAAUAAAAUUCUUAGAAAAAUUUAAACUCAGAAUUUCUGAAAGAAAAGAUGAGGUGUAACCUUGAAUUUGAUUCACUUUUGUCAUAAGCAUGAUUAUUUAAACUAUAAUGAACAGUUUAUGCACAAACAAAUUAUUUCUAGAAUAAAUACUCUACUAAAGGGGAAAAAAGUAUUUCCAUAUAAAUUCCCUGCAGUGAUCAGACACCAUUGACUCCACAUCCCGACUCUUAAAAACUGUCAGUUUCACUGCAGCUGGCCAUUGAAACUGACAACCAAUCGCUUCUAUUGAAGCUUUUACAAAGAUACUCCAUUAAACAAUUUUUUAGCUUGCUGUAACAAAUAUAAGCAUAGCUAUUAAAAACUUUUUAAAUCCUGCAAGGAAAAAUAACUUUUGUUAUUGCAAGUUUGAAAUUCUAGCUCCUAAUCCCAUUUUCCCAUUGACACAAUAUAUUUAUAAUGUGAUAUUCCAUAACAAGGUUACAUCAGAACACAUCAGUAUAACUAGGUAUCAAUGCAGAGCAUGAUACAUUAUUUCUCUGAGAUCAAUGUUCUGAGCCCUGUUCUUCAAGAUAAUCCUGUGGUCCUUCUAUCUGUCCCUCACCCUGUCUCCCACCCACAGGAAAAACAUAAUUAUUUGCUUAUUCAUAAUAGCUAAACUAUCUCAUUCAUACAGCCUGUGUAUCUCAAGACCAGCAAGGGUUCACACCCCAAAAAAAUAUUUAUCUUUCUCCUUCACAUGUGUUGUUGGAUAAUUAAUUUAUAUUCUUGACAAACUUUCUUGACAAAAGUUUACACGUUUUAAAACUGGUUUCAUUUGUUUAGGUUUUUAUAUUUCCUAAAUACAAAAGUUAUUACAAAAGCACAUGAGUAUGAUGUUGAAUACACAAAUUUUAGCACAUUUUUUUUGAUACACAAUAUAAAUAAUUUAACCAAAUACAAAUAUGGUAAUUGUAAAAUUAAUAAAAACUAGCACAAUAAAAU